UGGCGCCACCGAACGCGCGACCGUCGAUGCCUUAUCGCGAAAUAUCGCGCCACGUGAGCUAUCACUUUGAACUCUCGAUUUGAUAAUUUCAUGCAAUUAUGCACCGUAGAGACGUAACAUCCUGCAUUUUUGUCUUUUAAUAAAAUUGCAAAUCUUUUUUUCCUUCGUGCUUGUCUACGUUCUUUCAAGAUUGAACGUAGCUGCGUCGAACAAAGUUCUUUUAAAUUAUUUUUAAACUCUAUUAAAGUUUCUUAAGAAUAAAAUAAACUGCAGGGCCUCUAGUCAGUGGCACUAAAAUCUGUUCAAGUGUCAAUAUUGCAGAAACGACAUUUAUUAAAUUUAAAAAGAUUGUAUCGAGCACCGACAUGAUUCGGAUUUUCGCACUUUGUCUUAACGAAUAUAACAAAUUCCUCAGUAACUGAUUAUACUUUAAUAUCUCUAGAAAUAUUUGUAAUGAUUAAAUUGUUUGUUAAAAAAUUGUACAUAUAAUUAAUAAUUAAUUACAGCGCUCUUGGUUUUCCAAAGAAAAAUUCACAAGACAAAACUGUUGAAUCGCAGAGUGCUAAUCUGUUUUGUUCCAAGAACGACGUAUUGUAAGAUACGUGUCUAGAAUUAAAAUACAACGGUCGCAAAAUUAUCGUCGACUUGGGCCGUCAAAAACAUACGGAUUAAUAUAUAUUUCUAUCAGUGUAGAUUCCACCAACAUAGAGAUAUCAACUUGCUCUUUAUUUUUUCCAAGUUCUAUAAAUUAGAAAAAGAUAAAAAAGCGAGUUGAACUGAGAUCAAAGUUAAUCUACGCCGGCCGGAAAUGGACAUAAAUAUAUAUUAUUUUAAUAUCGCUUGGAAAUGCGAGAGCUUGUUACGGCUGCAAAUUUAUCACCAGCAAAACGGCGAGCGAUUUUUUCGAUGUCGCCAGAUAUUCCCUGCCGAUCGAUUUGUCCGCCGCUUCGCUCAAACGCGCGCGGCCUGUUACAUCAGAAACGCCACGUUAGAAGCACGCCAUAUGUUUAUUAUGCGUGACGUCAUUGACGUAUCGGGAGAUGUCGUAUAUAAAGCGCGGUACAGUGCUCCAAUGGUAGCAGAACCGGCGUUGGUGGUGUUACCGUCUGUAUUACGUCUGGUGGAGCGACACCGUAGCUAGACCGUCCGCGCGCACGUGGUAUCGAAGAAGGCCGACACGCAACAUAUACGCACACACGAACGUUCGAAUUACUCCGGCGAGAUGUGUGGAAUCUGGGCGCUAUUUGGGCUGGACACGCAACCCUUGACCUGUAUCUGCGAAAACUUCGAUAAGAUAUCGCACCGCGGCCCGGAAGCAUUUAAAAUAGAGUUCGAUAAUCGAGUCAAGAAUGGAUACCUAGGAUUUCACAGACUGGCCAUCGUCGACGGCCUCUACGGAAUGCAGCCGAUGAGAAUACUCAAGUAUCCGCAUUUAUUCCUCUUGUGCAAUGGAGAGUUAUAUAACUGUAAAAAAUUACAAAAACAAUAUGACUUCGAGUACGUUACCAAGUGCGACGUGGAGGUGAUCAUGCACAUGUACAACUACGCCGGCGCCAGCGGUGUCGCGUCGUCCUUGGACGGUGUGUUCGCAUUUUGUUUGAUGGACGUCCAGAAGAGAAGGAUUCUGAUAGCCAGAGAUCCGUACGGCGUAAGACCGUUGUUCAGAUUGUAUUCGGAUGACGGGCAGCUAGUCAUCUCUUCGGAGAGCAAGGGUCUAAUGGCGAUAUCGAAACAUAUAAAUGGCAAGUCGAAGCUGGAGCCGUUCCCCCCAGGGCAUUACGAGGAGUAUGAAAUUUUGAACGACGGUCGAACGAAGCUUCUGGAAAAUUGUCGAUAUUACAAACUCGGCGACAAACCUUCUUUCAACACGUAUGUUCCUUGGAAUGCUUUGAGUCCGAAGGACGUUCACGGUAACAUCCGAAAGCUGCUCUCGGCAGCCGUGGAGAAACGCCUGAUGGCCGACAGGCGGAUAGGAUGUCUAUUAUCAGGUGGAUUAGAUUCUAGCUUGGUUGCCGCCUUAUUGGCAAAACAAGCGAAGGAACAUAAUCUACCGUACAAAAUACAGAGCUUCGCGAUAGGUAUGGGUGACAGUCCGGAUAUCGUCGCUGCCAGACAGGUUGCAGAGUACAUCGGAACUGAGCACCAUGAAAUGAUCUUCACGCAGCAAGAUGUGAUCAAUGUACUGGACAAAGUUAUAUAUUCCUUGGAGACAUAUGACAUUACCACUAUUCGCGCUUCUAUUGGGAUGUACCUUAUUUCGAGAUACAUAAAACAAAAUACCGAGACGAUUGUGAUCUUUAGUGGGGAAGGUGCAGACGAGUUGGCCCAAGGCUACAUCUACUUCAGAGACGCGCCUAAUGCGAUAGACGCGCACAAUGAAUCUCUCCGAUUAUUACAGGACAUUUAUUUAUAUGACGGCUUAAGAGCAGACAGAACAACCAGUGCUUUCAGUUUGGAGCUCAGAGUUCCAUUCUUAGAUCUUCAAUUUACUAGCUAUUAUUUAUCAUUAGAUCCUAGCAGUAGACAACCACAAGGUGGAAUUGAAAAGCACUUGUUGAGAUCUGCAUUUGACGGCACUGGUUUACUGCCCAACAAUAUACUUUGGAGGCACAAAGAGGCGUUCAGCGACGGGGUCGCUUCUAUAAAGAAAUCUCUCUUCCAAAUAAUUCAAGAAAUCGUGGAAGAUCGUGUUUCAAAUGAGGAGUUGGAAAACGCUUAUACAAAGUAUCCUCAUUGUACACCGAGAACGAAGGAAGCAUACUAUUACAGAAACGUCUUCGAGUCGCAUUUCAAGGGGCAGGCGGAAAGUUUUACACCUUACUUCUGGAUGCCACGCUGGGUGAAGGGUGUUACUGAUCCAUCCGCGCGAUUUAUUAAGCAUUACGCUGCAAACGAUGAAUAAAUUUAAUUAACAUAAUUAAUAUAAUUAUAUUUAAAUUAAAAUAAAUAAUAUAAUUAAUAAAAACAA